CCUGUAAUUGUUGGGAGAUUUUACUAAAACCUCAGGGGAUUGUUGUCAUUAGUCCCAACCGCCAAGAGACUUUCACGAGUCAAACUGUGAAAUCGAAGCCAUAAAAACCGAUUGACUGCAGUUCUCUGAAAACACUAAGAAUUCUAGCAGAAAUGGCAUCAAAAGCUCUCUCAAGAUUGUCCAGUCUUCACAAUCAUUUGAGCCCUAAAGGUUUAGUGAAGCUUUCUCCAGACGUGAGUGAAGCUCUAUCCAAUGGAGAAGCUGUUGUUGCUCUUGAAUCUACCAUUAUCUCCCAUGGGAUGCCAUAUCCUCAAAAUUUGGAAACUGCAAAGACGGUGGAGGCAAUUGUCAGGGAGAAUGGAGCAGUUCCUGCAACGAUUGCUAUUUUAGAUGGCGUGCCAUGUAUAGGUUUGAGUAUUGAAGAACUGGAAAGGCUUGCUAGGUUAGGAAGUAGAGCACAAAAGACAGCUCGGAGGGACAUUGCUCAUGUUGUGGCUACCAGAGGGAAUGGUGCAACUACUGUUUCUGCAACAAUGUUUUUUGCUUCAAUGGUUGGCAUCCCUGUAUUUGUUACUGGGGGAAUUGGAGGUGUACACCGGUAUGGAGAGCAGACAAUGGAUAUAUCCUCAGAUCUUACAGAGCUUGGAAGAACUCCAGUAGCUGUCAUCUCUGCUGGUGUAAAGUCCAUUUUAGAUAUUCCGAGGACCCUUGAGUAUUUGGAAACUCAGGGAGUUUGUGUUGCUGCCUAUAAGACUCAUGAGUUCCCAGCUUUUUUCACUGAAACUAGUGGCUGCAAGGUGCCUUGUCGUGUCGAUAGCCCACAAGAAUGUGCUCGGUUAAUAGAUGCAAACCUAAAACUUAAGCUUGGAUCUGGAAUCUUGAUUGCUGUUCCAAUACCAAAAGAACACUCAGCUUCUGGAAACUUAAUUGAGUCAGCAAUCCAGACUGCCCUUAGAGAAGCAAGGGAAAAGAACAUAACAGGAAAUGCUGAGACUCCAUUUUUGCUUGCAAGAGUGAAUGAAUUAACCAGAGGAGUGUCACUCUCUUCAAACAUUGCACUUGUGAAAAAUAAUGCUCUUGUUGGCGCUAAGAUUGCCGCAGCUCUUUCCCAGCUUAGACAACAUUGUAGUUAAGGAUUUGUUCAGUUAGCAUUCUAUGCUCAAGAUAGCUUGGAUUACACACAUAUUUACAUUAUUUUGAAUUUAAUUUCUUCCAGUUCUAAUAGACCAAAUCAACCAUUAAAAAUUAUGUAGAUAUUGAACUUCUGAAGAAAAGUUUCAGCCUAUUUUGAUAAUUUAUAUGCACUUUUAGAAGUUGUGUGGAAGGAAAGACCAUGGAGACAAGGAAUUAAACUGAAUGCUAAGGGGAAAAAUGAAAAGGAAAAUCAUCUCAUUUGUGAUAAUAUCACAAGAUAUCCUUACAUCAACAUGAGAGUAUCUUAUAUAAGUUAUUUUUCUGUAAAAGUGGUGUUUUGUAAAUUGUGAUGAGAUUUAUAGUGAACCUCUACAAUAUUGUGAGAUCAAAAUCUUCAUGUCUUCAGUUAAUAUGUAUUUGCUUUAAAAUGCAUGUAAAUUUGUUAUGCCUUAAUCUGAUAGAGAAGCAAUUUUGUACAA